AUGUCGGGGCCACCCAGCAUGCCUGGCCCGCCGCCGGGACUCAAUCUGCAUGACGACCAAGGCGGCAAGGUAUUGGGUACCAUGAUCGCGCUCAUCGCUCUUGCCUCCACCUUCGUUAUCUUACGUCUGACCUCGAGGCAUCUGGCUCGUGCUGGCUUCUGGUGGGAUGAUGUGCUGAUAAUAGUAGCAUUGCUUCUUGCCAUCGCCCCGUGCAUCUGUAGUAUUGUCGCUGUCAAACACGUUGGUUUUGGCAAGCACAUCUACGUCUUUGGCAAAGCGGGUGCCAUGGAGGCUGCCACAGGCUAUUUUCACACUCUCUAUUUCUUCCAGCUCUUCUUUACCUUGGCCACCGGUGCAACCAAGCUUACCAUACUGGCAUUUUAUCGACGCAUAUUUCCAAUUGCAGAGCUGAGACUCAUCCUGAUCGUCAUGACCACCGUCGUUGUUAUGUAUACCACGGCGGUCUCCACACUCAUCAUCUUCCAAUGCCGUCCGAUUCGGAAAUUCUGGGAAUUUGAGUUACCUGGCUAUUGCAUAAACCCCAAGAACAACUUGGCCGUAUCAGGGUCCGUCAAUACCCUACUGGACUUCAUGAUCGUUUGCUUGCCCGUACCUCUGCUGUGGCGUCUGCGGACUUCAACACGGCAAAAAAGUAUCUUAACCGGUAUCUUCCUCACUGCAGGGUUUGUCUGCAUCGUCAGUAUUGUUCGAAUCAUCAGCUUCUCAAGAGCUGACCCAUCUGACGUCACAUGGAACUUUGUCUGGGUCUCAAUCUGGUCUGCUGUGGAGCCCAUAGCGGGGAUUCUCGGGGCCUGCCUCCCAUCGCUCCGCCCCCUACUCACCCUCCUCCUCGACAACAACGCCUACCGCUCCUUCGCCGCCACCGCCUCUCAAACCUUCCAAAGCACCACCACCACCACCUCCUCCUCCGUCCUCAAGAGCAACCAAUCCAGCCGCAAGAACCGCGACCCGACCACCUUCGCCCGACUCAAAGAAGAACACGACGGCAACGCCCCCAAGACGCAAAGGCUGCCGUGGCGGGACCCAAAGGGGCCCCGGGUAUACGACCACGGAAUGGACGGGCACAACGUCACCGUGUACGGGGGACGAGGACAACAGGCCGACGGCGACGGCGUUGAAAUGGAGCGGAUGAGCGACGUGGAACCGCCGCGGGGAGUCAUACGGGUCAAGACCGAGAUUUUCCUCUCGAGCAGUAAGAGGUUGGACUAUAAUGACCGGUUGUACUGA